AUGAAGGUUCUCCGGUGGGUUCCGGUACUGAUAGUGACCGCCGUGGUCGUGUGGUCCUACUACGCUUAUGUCAUUCAGCUCUGUCUGUUCACUCUGAAGUGCAGCACACACAGAGUAGUGUACCUGUCAGUGUUCCAUGUGUGUUUUCUGAUGUUCUGCUGGUGUUUUUGGAAAACUCUCUCCACCGGACCCUCGAGUCCUUCCUCCACGUUCCACCUCCCGGACACUCAGCACUAUGAUCUGCUGGACAGUGUAGAGCUGAAGGGGGAAAUCCUCGACAAGAUUGCACACGAGCUUCCGUUACACACACGCACAGCGACCGGAGCUUUCAGGUUUUGUCGACACUGCCAGCUGAUUAAGCCAGAUCGUUGCCAUCACUGUUCAGCCUGCCAAAUUUGUGUGUUGAAAAUGGAUCAUCACUGUCUCUGGUUGAAUAACUGUAUCGGAUUCUCCAACUACAAGUUCUUCCUGCUUUUCCUCCUGUAUUCCCUACUGUACUGCCUCUGCAUUGUCACCACAGUUACGCCCUCCUUCAUUCACCUGUGGCUGUCCGGGCUGUUUGACAGUUCAGCUAAGCUGCAUGUGCUGUUCUUGACGUUGGUGUCGGCCAUCUUUCUGGUGACCCUGUCCUGUUUGCUGCUCUUCCACUGCUGGCUGGUCGCCACCAACAAAACCACCCUUGAGUGGUUAUCAGCCCCAUUUUUCCCAGACGGCCCGGAUGGCGGAGCAUUUGAUGUGAGCGUAAGAGAGAACAUCCUCCAGGUGUUUGGCCUGGACUGGAGACUCUGGCUACUUCCUGUUUCCAGCAGUCAAGGCGAUGGCCACUCUUUUCCCCUAAGACGGACCACAACCCACCAUCUGAUCAUGGCGAAUGGUGCUGAAUGCUGGGAGCAGGAAGGCACUGUGGUUUCCCAGCAGGACAGCCCUGUUUCCAUAGCAAUAGAUGACUGACAGCAGUAAUUAUAAGGCUGUUUCGGAAGCUGUAUGAGGCACUGAGGGUGGUCAGACGAGAGCUUUGCUACACCAAGCUGUCAGCUGGAAAACGAAGGUUUUUCGUGAAGAUUUUUCCAUGUAGCUGUUACAGUAUU